AUUCAGUUUCCCUUGGUCUCUCCAUUCAGUGACUGGCCUCUCUUCCGAGAAUGCCCCCUUUGGGCAGGUGACAUGGAUGGAGCUCAUCUGAGACCCACCCACCCAUUUCAUGUGGGCUAUGAACAGGGAUGUCCUUGAGAUUUAUGGGACCCUACACAAUCCUAUUGAACUGAUGCCCCUAUGCCCAACAGCAGCCUGGGGUAGGAUGUGAUUUUAUAAUCAGCAGCACACUAAAGACAUUUUUAAACUAAGGCCCUGUAGACUAACACAAUAAAUUUAGAAAUGGACAGUAUCUACCUGGGGUCGGCCUGUUCAAUGACUUCAUUGCCACUGGAAUGGCUCUUUCACAGGUUGAGUGUCUGCCCAUAGCUCUGGCAGGCUUUGCCACUUUUAAAUUAACUCAAUCUUCUCCAGAAGAAGCAGAGCUGCAGAACAGGGAUUGGAAGAGGCAGGUGGAUGGACAUUAAGACCCAGUGGUUCCCCACAGUUUUAGAUGCCCUAUGCAGCUGUGUAUUCUGUGUAUGGGUGUGGAUGGCCCUGGCUGGGAAAUAGCUAUAGAAUACUAUAACUGGUCAGAAAUUGCCCCAUAGGACAGUUUUGUUGGACUACGCUGUUUAGACCAAACGGGUACAUUCCCAGGAAACAUUUUGAUAUUUGUUCAGUUUUUCCUGAGAAGCUGUUAAAAUGUGUUUCAUUUGCACUGCUUUGACUUUGAUUUCAUAUUAAAUGAAACAUUUUUAUAAGAUUGAAGUGAAAUAUUUUCAGAAUAUUUCAUUUUGCACAAAGUUCGGGGAGGGACAUUUUGUCCCAUCUCAGGAUAAAAUCGAGUUUUGGAAUCUUGGAGUUUCCCCAAGGAUGGAAAUUCCACAUUUUAAACAGCUCUACUAAUGACUUCCACCCUGCUAACCUGGGCUAGAUUUUGACAAGAAAACUAGAGUUGAAUGGCUCCUUAGGUCAUUGGGAACCUUCAGGAUCGUUCAGGGUUCCCACUUUCUCUAAAACACUCACAUUUGGCCCCUUGAAUUUCCCACAUAGUCUCAACUUCCAUCAUUGGUCUCAUCAGCUUGGUAUUAGCUAAUGUGUGUGAAGUGCAGCAGACUUGAUGGUCGCUAAGUACUCCACUAUGCGAUACAAUUCUAUACACCUUUCAUACUCCUCUGGCAUGCCUGGGCUUCUUCAUUUGGGUGUAUUUACUGAGUUAGAGGAUACAUUGGUUCCAUGCACGUCUCAUGUUAGAAAAUGUAGAUGUCACAAUGGGCAAAACUGUUGCAGUCUUGUCUUAGCAUGACAGCACUGAAGAGAGAAAACCCCUGGUUUGAUAUAGCCCCCAUUUCAAAGGGAGCCAUUGUCCCCUGAAUUUUCCAUAGGUCCUCCCUGCUUUUGAAAAUCUAUUGCCCCACUUCCUGCAACAGACAUGGCUGGGGUCAAGGCCCUUAUCUUUUGGCCAGUCUAGCCCAUGUUGAGAUGUUACACCCAACUUGAGAUUUGAUACCUUUGCUUAGGUGUCUCAUGAAUCUAGUUGAUACAGGACCAGCCUGUGCUGCUGCUGGUACUCCCGUGCUCACGUGUUCUCACUUGAGGGGGACAGCGGAGGCCCAGGAGACAUAGGAGAUGAUGGUGUGGUUACGCUUCCCCCCUGAGGCUCCCUGUGUGGUCUCUGUUCUAGCCUGCUGCAGCAAGAAUCAUUGCUCUUGGUGCCUGGAGGGAUGUCCCGAGACACCGGAAGUCAUGACCUGAACAGAGAAAGCAGCAUGAACAGUGGGAAGCCAUCUAAAUAUUCUUCUGAGUCCAGCAAGGCUGAGCCCAUCAAGAAACAGGCUAGCCGGUGCCCCCAGUCGCUGAUGUCGAAAGUGAAGGCAGACCCCAGGUUCGGGAAGCUCUUUAGAUUCCGCAUCCCAGUACUGAUGUGGGAGCGGCACUUCACCCCAGAAACCUGGCACAGACUGAAGGAGCGCAGUGUCCCAUAUGGCUGGCAGAGCUUGUCCUACACAGUAAUUGCCUCCACCUUGCAUCUGCUCAACGACUCUGCCAACAGCUGGCUGGUCAACAAAGCCGGGUUCCCCGAAAGCUGUGUGAGCUGUGCCGUAGUCGGGAAUGGAGGGAUUCUCAACGGAUCCCGGCAAGGCAAGGAGAUAGAUGCCCAUGACUUUGUUUUCAGGCUAAACGGAGCUGUGAUCAAAGGCUUUGAAGAUGACGUUGGCACCAAGACAUCUUUCUAUGGUUUCACAGUGAACACAAUGAAGAAUUCCCUGAUUGCCUAUGGGGAGUAUGGCUUCACCCAGAUACCCCAGUCCAAGGACCUGCGGUACAUUUUCAUCCCCUCAGACAUGCGCGAUUACAUCAUGCUGAAGUCCGCCAUACUGGGCAGCCCUGUCCAAGAGGGUCAUGACAAGGGUGAUGACCCGCAGAGGUAUUUUGGACCAGAGGCAUCUGCAAAAAAGUUCAAACUGCUGCACCCGGAUUUCAUACAUUAUCUAACAUCAAGGUUUCUGCGAUCUGAAAUAAUAAACAGUCAGUAUGGGUAUCUGUACAUGCCCAGUACCGGUGCCCUCAUGCUGCUGACGGCUCUCCAUACCUGCGAUCAGGUCAGCGCCUAUGGAUUUAUCACGGAUAACUACCAAAAGUUUUCAGACCACUACUAUGAGCGGGAGAAGAAGCCUCUGGUGUUUUAUGCCAACCACGACAUGUUGCUCGAGGCUGAGCUGUGGAAGAGCCUGCACAGGGCAGGCAUCAUGAAGCUGUAUCAGCGGUGAGGCUAGAUAGCAGCCCAUCAGCAUCUCCCUUCUCCUCUUCCCCAAGGGCUCCCUUCUCCCUAGCAGGAGCUAUCCACAAUUCAUGGGCAAAGGUGGCAACUAAAGAGCUCAAAUGGAGCAGAUGGAGAAUCCCUUAAUUGCAAGGCUGCGUUCAGCAAGCAGAGGUGCUACAUGGAAGAUUCUACUUGGAUAUUGCUGAGAUAGCAAAGCAAGCGUAGUAGGUCUCUCGGGGGAACCUGCUGGUUGGCUUGAGGCUAUAGCCCACAGACCCUGCCUUUGUACCAGUAAUGCCCGUUCCUCCUAUUGAAUACGGCACCUUCAGGGUGCAAAUUCUGACACUAGGGAAUGAAAAAAAGGGGAUUUCAGAAGCAAGGAGCCUAAAUGUUUGAAAUGCGUCUCCCAAAGAAGCAUGAUGAUAUCGUGCCUGCGCAUUCCAGCUUCCCAUCGAGUAGCCAGAGCUUCAAUGUGGGAACUGCCCAGCCUGCCCUUUCCUCCUCUCCAUCACAGACAAGGGUCUUCGGGAGCCAGCAGGGCCUAAUUUGUCCUCGGUGGUGGGACAUAUCACAGCCACACUCCUCAAGCUGAAGAGAGUUGGUGGACAUUGCUCCUCGGUAGAUUGGGUGCAAGAGUGAAGACCAUUGUGGCUAGGAAGCCUUAACUGUAUGAAGUCCAAGCACCACACAGAUACACUUCUCUGCAGAGUUCCCAUCACAUGCAGAGUUCAGCAAAGGCUGACACCUCUCUCCAGCCUGGGCUUCAGCCACUCCUUGGCUUGCACUCCAUAUUGUGGUAGCAACAGAGAGUCAGGUUGCUACAUCUUAAUUAGGCUUGACAGUACCUUGGGGUAGGUGGGUCUGAUCAAAUGGAAGGAACUGGACACAAUCCUCUGCAUUACUGCACACCGCAAACCUAGUAUCAGUGUAUAUUCAGAGCAAAGCCCUUAGCUGUUGUACAGAUGGAUGGAAUCCAUCACUUCAUCAAUGAAAAAUAAAUCCCCAUCAAGCUAAUUAAAAAAGUCAAUUAGCCAGCAGAAAGCGGGGAGAGGGGUGUUAACCCUGAAUGUACAGUUUGUAAGUUAAUUACAUGUAACUAGGAAGAGUAGAUCAGCAGCAGGUUGGUUUCGUUCUGCAGGGAGGCUGCCGUGACUACUGAUGGAUGGAUGCUAAAACACAAUGAAGGAGUGUAAUUUGAAACAUUUUCCUCACUUUGUAUAACUGCAUAAAUGUUGAAUGAUC